AUGGCCGCCACCGGCGCUGCCGCGCCCGCGCCCGCGGCCGUGCAGCCGCUGCGGCAGUUCAAGCUCGACCCGCAGAGCGAGCUCCGCGUGGAGGUGCUCCCGGACGCGACCCUCCGCGUGCGCCUCGUCUCCGGCACGGCGGAGAUCUUCGGCACCGAGCUCCCCCCCGAGGGCUGGCUCACCAUCCCGCCCCGCUCCAAGAUCGCCAUUUUCACGUGGCACGGCGCGACGGUGGAGCUGGACGGGGUCAGCGAGAGCGAGUACACGUCCGACGAGACGCCGAUGGUGAUUUAUGUGAACAUACAUGCGAUUCUCGACGCACGGAGGGCGAGGGCGAGGGCAGCGCAGGGAGGCGACUUGGAGGCCUCACAGGGACCUAGAGUGAUUGUUGUGGGGCCAACUGAUUCUGGAAAAAGCACUCUGUGCAAAAUGCUCCUUAGCUGGGCUGCCAAACUGGGAUGGAAGCCUACAUAUGUGGAUUUAGAUAUUGGCCAGGGUUCGAUAACCAUACCUGGAUGUAUUUCUGCUACGCCAAUUGAGAAGCCUAUCGAUAUAGUUGAUGGGAUUCCUUUGGAGAUGCCGCUUGCAUACUUUUAUGGCCAUCCAAAUCCAAGUAUUAAUCCAGAUGUUUACAAAGCACUCAUGAGAGAGCUAGCUCAAACAUUAGAGACACAGUUCUCUGGGAAUGCUGAAUCUAGGGCGGCUGGUAUGGUUAUUAACACAAUGGGGUGGGUUGAAGGCCUUGGCUAUGAGUUACUUCUUAAUGCAAUUGAAAUCUUCAAGGCUAAUGUAGUGCUGGUAUUGGGACAGGAGAAGUUAUGGAAGAUGUUAAAAGAUGCAGUACAAAGUAAGCCCAAUAUCGAUGUCGUAAAACUUCAUAAAUCGGAGGGUGUUGUCCUAAGGAAUUCAAAAUAUCGUCAAAAGACUAGGAGCUUUCGUAUCAAGGAGUACUUUUACGGGAUUGCAAACGAUCUGGCACCACAUUCAAAUGUAGUCAACUUCAGUGACGUUUCUGUUUUCAGAAUUGGUAGUGGACAUCAAGCUCCACGGUCAGCUUUACCAAUUGGUGCAGAGCCUGUGGCAGAUCCUACUCGGCUUGUUGCUGUCAACAUCAGCACUGAUAUGGUCCACACAGUGCUUGCUGUUUCUUAUGCGAAGGAACCUGAUGAAAUAAUUUCGAGCAACGUUGCAGGAUUCAUCCAUGUCACAGAUGUUGACAUCCAAAGGAAGAAGCUGACGUACAUCGCGCCUUGCCCAGGAGACCUGCCAAGCAGGCUGUUAAUCGCUAGCUCCCUGACAUGGUACGAGCAGGCUUGACCCCGUUCAAGGUUGAACAUUGUAGGUAGGUAACCAGAUGGCUUAUGACAUGUUGUAACGCCGAAAUGGAUACUCUGUGAACACUGUGCCGGUAAAGCUGAAUGGGUUCGACGAUAUCUUAGGCAUCCUGCUGCGAAGCUUUCUGCUGACUUGCUUAUGUUUUUCUAUGCUGCUGUGGCGGCGAAGAUACAAAUAGUUAGGUCAAUGAAAGGUUGGUGUGCUCUUUUGUACGCUGUUGGGAACUACUGUAAGAUAUAGAAGAUGAGUCCUUUGGCCUCUUCUCAACUGUAUCCAGAUAUAAA